GGCCAAAGAAGUUGUGUAUACACGGCGAUACUGGCCGAUUGAGUGAAUGGCAUCGUGAAAGAGAGAUAGAGCGUAUUUUAUAGUUUUACAUCUUAAGCAAUUGCUGCUACGCACCACAAAAAGUAGAGAACUGCUGAUAUUCAUCUUUCUGAUGCCACUUUGAGAGACAUACGAACAACCAUGAACGACGAUUGUUUUAACCGAGCACCCGGAGCAGGGAGAUCCCGACAUUUUCCCGCGGACCCUGGGCUUGGGGUGUCCACCGGCAAUGUAGAGCCCAAAGCCCCGCUUUUUAACCAAAGGGAGCCGUUGAGACAGCCGCGAACAUCCCCGCCUUUUCCCGAAAACAACACAAAUUCGGCCGACGCCAUGGUGGCUGGAGAUUUCAAAAGACUCCAACCAAGUGCAAGUUAUGCCAACAGUACGUCUACCUCCAGAGGUUUUAAUGAAGUGGAUUCUUUGGUCCAGUCUUCAAAGCUUUCAGCGAGUGCCGCAGAGUUUGUCCCGUCUGGAAUUAUGCAGUAUGAAGACCCCCCUUUGUAUGAUGAAAACACAAGCUAUUAUGAUGAACAAACCUUGGCUGAGACGGUCGCAGACUUCCUCGCCCACCUGAGCUCCUCACCAGGUUCCUUUGAAUCCGAUGUUGAACAAAUAACGGCAAUGCUCAAUUCCUGGGUCACUACUGAGGAGUUGCUGAACGAGCUGGUGGAACUGAUUUACACACAGUCUACUGCCAUUCCAAACUUCUCGUACACGGGGGCCCGGCUCUGUAAUUACCUGUCUCAUCAUCUCACUAUCAGCCCACCAAGUGGCAACUUUCGUCAGCUGCUCCUAAAAAGAUGUCAGAAUGAGUUUCUACAGAGGGAUGCAGCUGUACGAGGAGACCCGGAGACUCAGAAGAAAUUCCACUCCUAUGUGCUCUUUCUUGGAGAGCUCUACCUCAGCCUAGAGAUUAAGAGUGCAAAAGGACCUCCAAAUCGAGCAACGAUCCUUCUCUGUGCCCUGAAAGACCUGAUGAUCAGCCUGUUCUCCAAGCCGGUGGACGCAAAUCUCAUCUGCGCUGUCAAGCUGCUUAAGCUGACGGGCUCGGUCCUGGACGACACGUGGAAAGAGAGUGGACAACAACACAUGGAGGAACUGAUCCGAAGAAUAGAAAAUAUUCUACUGGAUGCCACCUGCAGCAGGGAUGUCAGACAGAUGCUUCUGAAGCUAGUGGAGUUAAGAUCGAGUGACUGGGGUAGAGUCCGAGCGGCCGCAGCAGCCAGCAAAGCCACGCCAGACAACGACCCCAACUACUUCAUGAAUGAACCCACAUUCUACACAGAAGACGGGACUCCUUUCACAGCAGCAGACCCAGAUUAUGCUGAGAAAUACCAAGAAAUCCUGGACAGGCAGGACUAUUUCAAUGACCCCGACGGAGAAAAUGGAAGCGAAUUCGAUCUAUACGACACUGAAGACGAGAUGGAGCCUGAGAUAGAAGAAGCUUACGAGACAUUUUGUUUAGAAGCAGAGAAGAAGCGAAAACAAUGACGUGAAAGUCUGUGAGUCUCAAAAGGCACAUACUUUUAAUACUCAACUUGUUUGGAAUAUUGAAAAGCAAAGGUAACUAGCAUCCAAUAUGUUCAAACCUUUAUUUUAUGGUGAAAAAGCGUUUAUUAAAAAGAGCUGUUCAUAUGCACUUCUGACACUAUUUCGGUCUGUGUUGAUUUGGGACAAUCAACAUGGUUAGUUUUCAAAGUAUUAACGGUAUUAAGAGUUUUUCUUUGGAAAUGGCUGUUCUCUCUUUGUUGCUUUUAAAUCGUUUCAGGAAUGUCUUUCCUUUAUGCCUAAUGAAAUGGCAUGAGGGAAAUGGUGUGCUGUGGAUUUAUCUUCCUUUGAGUUUUUUUCUGAAAGGCCGAUUUGCAUCAACGGUGUGCAUACUAGUUUAAGUUCUUAUUCAUGCCCCAUGCAUAAUCAGGCCAAAAAGCUCCAUUCAUUGCCAGAGGCAUCAUCCUAAUGUGAAAUGCAGCCUUCAUCCUGUGUCUCUUGUCAGGUUGAUAAUAUGUAAGUGACUGCACUCACUCACUGUGCAGUUAGCUCUAAUAGAAACAAAAACUUAAUUUAGUCAUACCAUGGGAGUCGAAUAUAGGCAGAGCUCUUUUUUUUUUAAGGCUUUAAAGUCGACAUUUUAAAAAGUCCUGUGCAAAAUGUUCAACAUUCUUAGAAUCCAUGGUCAGUGUGACAGUGCUACUGCAGAAAAGGGUUAUUCAUAUCCCGCUUAUCCCAGGUCUGAAAGACUGUUUACCAGCAAUUCAUUGAGCCCAAUAAAAGGAAUGUUGUUUCAUAGUUUGUAAAUAUUAUUUAUGGUAUUGUUUGCCUGCAAUAAAUUCUUUAUAAUGUGA